AUGUUGUUGUGCCCCCAAUCCGAACUUGGCCCGGAGCCACCGCGGCAAAGGCAUCGCAGAAGUGCCGCCAGGAUACGCAAAAGAGCGAAAUGCUGCUGCGGCAGCCAGGAGCAGAAGGAGCAGGUGGAGCAGGAGGAGCAGUCGGGAGUUAACCCUAGCCCUAGCCCCAUCCCUAGUUAUAGCCAAAGUCUGACGAGCCUGGCGAGGAUCACGGCGGCCGCCCUGGCCGCGGCGGCCAUGCUGCACACAACGAACGCCCUGGCCACCGGCUCAUCCACAUCCUUGUCCCCAUCCGCCGCCGGAACAGCACUGCCAUCCUCGCUGGGCACUGCCACGCCCACCACACACGAACUGAAUGCCACCCAGCUGGGCGGCACUUUGGGUCUGAAUCUCAGCGAGAGCGGCGGUGCAGGAUCGAAUGGCCUCCACACCCACGCCGCCGACGAGGAUUGGCUGGACAACAUCGUCUGGGUGUUCAAGGCCUUCGUCAUGCUGCUGAUCAUCAUUGCGGCCAUCUGCGGCAAUCUGCUUGUUAUUAUUUCUGUGAUGCGUGUUAGAAAAUUAAGAGUUAUAACGAAUUACUUUGUAGUUUCCUUAGCCAUGGCUGAUAUAAUGGUCGCUAUUAUGGCCAUGACAUUUAACUUUAGUGUGCAAGUAACUGGGAGCUGGAAGUUCAGCCCCUUCCUGUGCGAUUUGUGGAACAGCCUCGAUGUGUACUUCUCAACAGCGAGUAUUUUGCAUUUAUGCUGCAUAUCCGUGGAUAGAUACUAUGCGAUUGUUAAGCCGCUGAAGUAUCCGAUUAGCAUGACGAAACGCGUGGUCGGCAUCAUGCUGCUGAACACGUGGAUAUCGCCGGCCCUGCUCUCGUUCUUGCCCAUCUUCAUCGGCUGGUACACCACCGAGGAGCACAAGGAGUUCGUCCUGAAGAACCCGGAUAAGUGCGCCUUCGUGGUGAACAAGUACUACGCCGUCAUCUCGAGCUCCAUUUCGUUCUGGAUCCCCUGCACCAUCAUGAUAUUCACCUACCUGGCCAUCUUCCGCGAGGCCAACCGCCAGGAGAAGCAGCUGAUGAUGCGCCACGGCAACGCGAUGCUGAUGCACCGCCCCUCCAUGCAGCCCUCGGGCGAGGCGCUGAGCGGAUCCGGGUCGUCGAAAACAUUGACGCUGCACGAGGUCGAGCAGGAGCACACGCCCACUAAGGACAAGCACUUAAUCAAAAUGAAGCGGGAACACAAGGCCGCCCGCACGCUGGGCAUCAUCAUGGGCACCUUCAUCCUCUGCUGGCUGCCAUUCUUCCUGUGGUACACGCUCUCCAUGACCUGCGAGGUGUGCCAGGUGCCGGACAUCCUCGUGUCGAUCCUAUUCUGGAUCGGGUACUUCAACUCGACGCUGAACCCGCUGAUCUACGCGUACUUCAACCGCGACUUCCGGGAGGCGUUCCGCAACACGCUGCUCUGCCUGUUCUGCAACUGGUGGAGGGACCGCCACCUGCCGCUGGACAUCGACAUCCGGCGCUCCAGCCUGCGCUACGACCAGCGGGCGAAGAGCGUCUACUCGGAGAGCUACCUCAACUCGACGACGCCCUCGCACCGCCGCCAGUCGCAGAUGGUGGACAACUUAUAAUACAGGGACGAGGCGCUGCUGACCCCCAUCGCCCAGCAGCAGCAGCGGCUGGCGGCGGGCGGCUCCCGCCUGGGCGGACAACUGGCAGUUGCCAACAGCGAUCCGCAUCCGAAUCCCAAUCCGGGCAGGCCCAAGUCCAAGGCGGACCACCUGGCUGGCGAGGGCGACGAUGUGCAGGAGAUCCAGAUCGAAAUACCCAUGGAGUACAUCAACAAAUGGAACAAGAACAACAAUGCUGCCGCCUCGACGGCCUCCAGUCAUGUGUAAAGUGGAUGCAAACUGGGAAAGGGAAUGGGAUUGGGGAGUGGGAAUCAAUCGAUGGCAGGGGCAGCCGGGGGGAGGAAUCAAUUUAAUGCAAUUAAAAUGUUCCAUUAAUUUGUAAAAUUAAUAUGCCGGCUCAUGCGUCGGCUGAUUUACUCGUAAUGUUGACAUUAAUCAAUCAUGCGUUGGAGCGUGCCAUUUCACUUGGCCUCCACUGUGCACUUCUCAGUUUUGUUUUCAUACGUUUUUUUUUUCAAUUUCCUUGGAGCACAGUUCGGCGCCCUACAGAUGGGAUAACUUAUUUAUUUAUGAUUUCGUGUCGUUUAAAUCUUGUUGUAAAUACUGAGUAUUUUUGUACGACUAAAUUAAGCACAGGUUGUAAAAUCGUUUAUAUAUAUAUGUAUGUACGCCAAUUGAAAAUCUGUAAGCCGUAAAGCAUUUUGCUCACGAAAAGAAAUAACCAAAAAUAAAUUAAUUGAAAAGGCAAUCACUGCAACUCACGGAGCUAUGCUAUGUGUACAUAGGGAUUCGCUAAAAAACAAAGAGCUAGAGCUAAAACUGUGCCAAUUAAGAGAUCGAAAAUUAUAGAGAGAGUUUACCCAGCGCGAAAAAUCAACCACACCCCAACGCUAUUAAAGUCAGAGAAAUUUAGAAAAGAAACCCAACAAAUUCACGGAAGCUAAAGCAAAGCUAAAACAAAGCUAAACCCCAAUUGUUAUUUGAACGACAAUCGCAUGAAUUGAAAAUGCUCAAAACCUAAAGUAAACCUUAAAACGUAUAUCAAGUAAACAUAGCGAAAAUAUAUAGUCAAGUCAAUAUAGGAUCCAGGCGUUCGGUCGAAACCAAAGCUAAGGCCCACAUAAAUUAACCAAAACAUAUAGUGCAUCGAUAUCGGACUAACCAAAUUACGUGUGCGUGUUUGUUUGUUUGUGUAGUGCGGGAAUUGAAUUCCAAAACCGUUUCCGUUUCAAAAAGUAAAGUGCUAAGUGCGUCAUAUAACAGGUAAUUGCGUUGCAGUUCCUGGAAUUAAGUUGACUGUGUAGCCUGUGAGGGCAAGGCUUUAGUACUGCUUCCGAAGUCAGCAACUUGAUUCCAGCAAUUGCGGCCCGAUAUUCCGCAACAAAGAAAGCCCGUGAAAAGCCCAAGGAGAAAUGGAACCCACUGAAUUUCGACUAUGAAAAGCAUUGGAAAUGCAAAUAAGGCGUUUACAGCAAAUAAGCAGACAAAGCAUUUUGUGUUUCUUUGUAUAAAUAACUAACGACCCCAUAAAAUGUUAGCAACAGUUUGCGAAACUUACCGAUUUAUGAUUUUCUCUUAAUCCGCAAGCCAAGCACAAAGUCAAGAACAUUUGUUGAGUAAAUAAAUUCAUAAAAAAUACAGUAGAAACUUUUCGUUGGUGAUUUCCCGAGCUAGUCUGAAAUAAAAGAGAAAACAAUACGGUUGCCACGAUGGGAUAACAAGGAUUAGGAGCCAAAGCUCAGUAUGUACCAUAUAAAGUGUGUAUAAAUAGGUGUCUAAAUAAAUGUUAUAUUUAUAGUAAGUAUUUAUUACACGACUUUCCUUAAAAAGAUGAGGUAAAACGACAGGCAAAUCCCCAAAGAACUUGUUAUAUUUUUAUAAACAACAGAACCCGAAACCAACAAUGUAUGUGUAACUCAAGUUUGUAUAUUGACAUGGGUGUGUAUAUGUACGUGCGAGUUAUUUAUUAUUAUUAUUAUUAUUCUUACUGACAACUGAACUUUCUGUUGCAUUGUUUUGCGUUUUGCUGUGCAAUUUACCAUGCAAAACCAAAUAGAAUCCUAACAUUAAGCCCCGAGUGGGGAGACACGUAAACGGCAAACUAUGCUACUAACUAAGUGAAUACGAAAUUCAGAUGUAUUAUAGAGCAACAUAACGAACUUCAAGUUGGAAAACAAGCAGAAAAGCAAAAUAAAUUUAAAAACUACAAAUAUAGCCAAA